AUGACAAUUAUUAAAUGUCCAAUAAUAAGAAUAUUUGUACUUUAUUGGUUCUUAUCUUUUAAAAAAAGAAAAUAUACGACUACUCUUUUUUAUUUCUAACAAAUAUAAUAUGAAGAAACAUUAAACUUUGAAACAGUUGGUUCAUUGAAAUUCGAAAUCGAUAUUUCGCAAUUUCGAAUUAGAAGAAUAAAACGAACCUUUCUUCAUUAAUAUUUUUAGUGAAAGUAAAACAGACAACAAACAAGUGAAAAAGUAAUCAGCUUUCAAAAUCGUUACGGAAAUGAAUAGUAACAAGAAUUCACCAUCAAAAUUACUUCCUUUAACUCAACAUCUGAAUCUAUAUAAUGGUAACUAUGACAGUGAAAUCGAAGAUGUACUCAAAAUAUGGAUAUUGCCUACUACCAACCAAAAUAUUCAUGAAGAUUUAUUAAGAAAUAAGUCCAUAGAAGAAAGGCAAUACUGUGACACUAAUAAUUACUCUAUGUCUACAAAUGUGAAUUCAGCUGAAGAAUUGAUGCUUUCCGAGUCAAACCAUACACAAAUUAAUGAUAACAGUAAAUUGGCUUCAAAUUUAAAUCACAUCAUGAAACAAUUGUCACGGAAAAUGUGCAAACAAUACCUCCUUCCAGAUGAAUAUACUGAACUGGAAUCUGAACUUGAAAAGUCACUGAACAUUGCUGAAUCGAGUUCAAAUACAGUUUUGUAUGCAAAAUUCAAAAGUGACAACCAAUCAUUAAAUCAUAAAAAAGUGAAGCAUUUUCACACAAAGAAUAAUUAUGAAGACCUUAACGAUUUUGAGAAAUACCAAUAUAAGGAUUUCGGAUAUGGUAUAAGCCAGAUAAAUGGUGAAAAUUUGGAAUACAUUCUGAAUGGUAAACAUACAAAAUCACCGGGAAAACAAAUUUAUGACAAUAUUGUUCGUAAAGAGAAAUUGACUCAUGUGCGUAAUGGGAAGAAGAUUGCGAGUACUCAAGUUGUAUGCAAAUAUAAAUACUGUGAAGAUGCAAAAUUAUUUCCGUCAAAUACAUGCACAUGUUCAUCCAUCUGUGCACCAGAAUGUAGCAGCACGUUAUCAACACAUCGUCUGGAAAAUGAUUUAAACAAAUUGAUCCAACAAACGGGUAACAACCCAAACCACAAUACAGGUAACAAUGAGCAAACGUCCAUUUGUUUAGAAAAUAUUACACCUUUCAGCUUGACAGAGUGUCCAUUAUUGAUGGACUUUUAUGGGAUUCAUAAAGAAACUACUAACUCCUUAUCAAACCAGAAAGACUCUGCAUGUGAAUCAGAUAAUCUGUCUUCACUGAACGGUGAAUUGUACCCUUUCAAAAACUCCCUUGAGUUUCUCAAGUCACCAUCCCAUCAAUCAUUACCAAAAAUUAUUAAUUAUUCAACGUAUACGUCCGUCAUGUGGGAAAGUUUGAUGAAGUUAUUGAAUCACUUGAUAAAUGAAGAGCGUUUGUUUUGGCAUAGAGAAUUACUAAACAGAAAUAAAUCUAAUAAUUCAGAGGUUGAGACGAUUGAUAUUAAAUCUUUACUCAGUGAUAUUGAUCAUUUUUAUUCGGAAGAAUUGCGCCUGCUAUGGAAGCAAGUUUAUGAAAGUUGGGUUCCGCGUGAUUAUCUACAAUAUUUUUCAGAUGAAACAAGAAAAGUGUUUAUCAAUUUAAAUCUUGUCAUUGAAAAAUUGCUAUCAUUUAUCGAGAAAGGAAACUAUGAUACAUCAUCGUCACAUUCACACAUAGGCAAUCUGGAAAAUUUCGAUUGCUUUAAAAGUUAUUCAAAGAAGUGUUUCACUAAUCAAGAUAGUCGUGAUAAGAAUCAUCGUUCAAUGAUUAACAGCAGAUUAUCUCAUUCGUGUAGUUCAUUGAAUAAAAUUCAAAACAAUGGACAAUUAUUUAAUGAUCAACACUUGGAAUAUAAUGAAAGUAAAAUAAGUUUUAAACAUAUGAGAGAAUUAUUAAAACUCAGUCAUCAACAGCUUCUAGAACAGAUUUAUCAUGUGACCGAGAUGGUUGGUGCUGCACUUGACACGGACAUGGAGGACGCUAUCAAUGGAGUACAUAUCUCUGCUGUCAACAAUCACAAGAACAUGAAUGAUAAUCAGUCUAACAAUAUUACGAGCGAUAAGUUAACAACGAGUGGAAUGCUUACAAAUCCAUCAACUCCAGGUCUACAAGUUGUUGCUAAACUACUCAGUGCUAUACUUGAUUUAGAAACACGAUUAGACACAAUAUGUGAAAACCAAAUUAUAGCAGAGAAUAUAACAAACUCCGAAAUUACAUUUGAUUAUGAUCAAUGUGGUAAAAAUUAUUUGAAAUAUACUCCAUGCUUAUCUUCGGAUAAGACUACUUCAUCGUCAGUGCAACAAGGACUAGGAUUUCAGAUAAAAGGUCUGCAAAACCCUAAACGUAUAAAAGUGAUUGGAGAUAUUUUACGAAAUAGAAGAUAUAAAAGAGAACAUGUCAGAUCUCCUUUAGUCAAUGAUCAUGAAAACAAUUUCAGAAAAGAAAAACAAACUGAUUUAGAUGAAUAAGAUAUUUUAAUGGAAUGUGAAAGAAAUUUCUAAGAGAAAAACGCUAACUAAUCAAUUUACACAAUUACUGACAUAUUUACCGAUAUUACAACACGGUUUGCCUAUUGCAAAACUUAUGAUGUAUAGCUUAUUUGUACUAUAAAUAAAAAAUAGGACACUACACUGACAAUUUAGGUCAUUUUACUAUAACUAAUGUUUUUUUGUUCAAUUACAAUAGAGAAAUCCUAAAAAUUGUAUUGUUGAAUAACAAUAAUUUCUGUGAAAGUUUACUUGUUCUUUUUCUUUGUAAAUUUUCUUUAUUCAGCCCUUUUUUUCAUUAAAUAUGUUCAUUGACUGAAAUGAUCAGUUUCAGUCUGGAAAGGACAAGAGGCAUGAUCGCCUGUGUUAGUCCUGGCACAAUGGUGGUCUCUCAGUUGAUCCAGUUUAUUUUAGUUUUCUAAAUUGACAAUUUUUUUUUUCAAAAAUAAAAAAAAUGAAAAAGUGAAAUUGGAUAGAAAAACGAAUUAAUUAUAUUCAAUGAGAAUGUUUCCCUAAUUGAAAUCUCGAUAAUCCCCAAUUCAUCAUUACAAUUUAUUUUUGUUUGAAAAUCAUGAAUGAGUAUUUCUGUUUAUUGUUUUCAAUUUAUUAAGCUCCAUAACUAUUUCAUAUCUGGUAUAAACCAGUAACCAAUAAAUCCCAUUCACAAACGAUACUUAUUUGAUGCCAAGCUAUUCAGAAUGGAUCACAUAGUGAGAAACAAAGUUCACUCUUGGAAUUUUUAUGAUCAUAUUUGAAAGUCCAGAUGUUGCACUGCUUUCACUCGAACGAUUUUACAACCCAAUAAAAUAUAUAAAUCUUACUGAAUAUUAUGUGUAUUUGAAUUCAAGAGUCAUUUAAAGCUAGACCACCAUAGACAACCUGGAAUCACUGGACGGCCGUUUCGUCCUACUGUGGGACUCCUCAGUGGUACGUACCCUCGAUCCCUCCCGCGGGAUUCGAAUCCAGGGCCUAUCGGUCUUGCACGCGAACGCUUAACCUCUAGACCACUGAUCCGGCAUCCAACGGUGUUAAUGUCUAGGAUCAACCAAUUCACGAAAUGGCAACGGAAUUACUAUUAAGAUGAAUAACUCUUAAUAAUAAUUUUUAUUUCCCUGAGUGAGAACAGUUUAUCAACACCCUCCACAACCUUUUUUAGUAAAAUAACAUGGUGAUCGAGAAUGCUUUUUAUUUAAAUAGAGGAAAAAAAAUAGAUGUAAGAUGAAUUUAGUAUCAUCGAAAAUAAGAGGAUAUUUGCUUUCCUUUCCACAUGUGUAAAAUUGCAAAACGUCUUGAAUUCAGCUGUUCGGGCUCCAAAGCAAAAACCAUCUCUAAAAUCUCAGAUAUAUUUAUUUUAUAAACUCUACCCAGUUAGAUAAAAUCAGUUUAUUACUCCAACUCGACAAAACGGAACUAUUCAAUAAUGAAUGCGUCAACCAUCACCUACAUAAAUUAACACUAAUGGACAUAUUUUAUCUUUCUAGUUAAAAAUCAAAUGAGAAGUUUCUUAG